GCAUUCAAAGAAGCAAGGCAGAACCCAGAUCAUGUUCCUUAACCCUAAAAAGGUAUGUAUGAUAUCUCUAAACAAAGCUGUUUUAGUAUCUUUUUUAGCUACAAUUUGAUUUCCUUUCAUGGAGUUUUUACUUGUUAAGCAUGUAAUUCUGAGCUAAAAACAAAGAAAGUAGUUUGAACGCAUGCAGGAGGAAUCGAUAAUCAAUUCAUUUGACAAAAUGUGAAAGUUUAAGACCAUCUUUUUGUCACUUGGCACUAGUGUUUUUGUUGAGUUCAACCAAAGACUUGAUCUCUAAGCACAAGGGCUUUUGUGCCGUUAAUCAUUUGUUGUAUCACUCUCUUUAUAGAGGACUUGUAGAAAUAAGCUUGAAGCACUACCUGACUUCACUACCCACAACUGCCAACACUCUUUUUCUUCUCCGCAGUCAAAUCCCUGCAGUUGCUGUUCACACAUUUAGUUUUUUCUCUUUUCCCCAAAAAGCUAUUUUGUUUUCCAGACCAGAGCUCUUUGAUUUCCAUGGAGUCUCAAUGACUCACUAUUUUACAGACAACUGGGAGAAUGUUCAGAACUUUCAGGUCAGACCAGAUGAUAUACUUAUUGCAACAUAUCCCAAAGCAGGAACUACAUGGGUCUCCCAGAUCCUUGACCUGCUGUAUUUUGGUCAGACGUGUCCAGAGAGGCAAAAAACCAUCCCCAUCUAUGAAAGAGUACCCUUUCUGGAGAUUGGGUUUUCCUUAUUCCAUGUUCACCCCUCCAUGCAGGGAAAGACCUGGCAGACAAGCUGCCCACCACCCCUCGACUCAUUAAGACUCAUUUUCCUGUCCAGUUUGUGCCAAAGUCCUUCUGGGAGCAAAACUGUAGGGUACAGUAACCUGUGUGCUGUUUUUCAAGAAGCUGAUAAUAGUACUGAUAACAGUGCAAUCUAA